AUGGUUCAAGGGCCCGCUUCUGGCGAAAGCCUAUCGGCGGCCCUUCGCUCCAGCGCGCGGCGGAUGGCGCGGGAUGCUGCCCUCGAUGGCGGCAAGGCUUCCUCAGCUGCUCGCCGGUCUGCCCGGAAGGCCGCCGCUGCUUCUGCUGAGCGAGCGGUCCAUCACUUCCGCGCUGAAGCUGAGGGCUGGAAAAAGAAGUACUACGACCUGGCCUACUCCCUGGGUUCGGACAGGUGCCCUCAGCUGGGCCCUCGGCUGGCGGCCGCGGCGCCUGCGCUGGAGGCACUGCUCUUGGACGAGCCCGUGGAGCACACUGAUGUCCUUCGUCGGAACGUUGCCCUGCAUUCGGUUGCCGAGGGGAUCGACAUCGUCACCGCCUCGCCUGCCGAGCUCAACUCUGCGCAACGUGGGCCUCGCUUGGGAGCCAGGCCCCCAUGUGUUGUGGCGGCUUCCUUUUCUGCACUUCGGGUAUGUGCGGCGACCUUUGUGCCUGGAGCUGCCGCUCAUCAUGGGUUUCUUGAUGGAGCCAGUUUGUGUCGUGGUGAUUUCAAAGAAGCAGUCGUUCCUGAUCCUUGUGGUGAAGAUGGCCUUGGUGACAAUGCCACCGCGGUGGAGGUCUCUUUGGACAUGGAUGUUGAGCACAUCUCCGUGGUCGAGGAGCAGCUGCGCUCUUGGGAGGCUUUGGGUGCCGCGUCCCGCUCCUUUGUGCGCAGGCGUCGGCGCCUUGACGGCGGCUUGCGGUUGUCAUCAGCUCCGAUUUCGGAAUCUCCCAACACCGCCAGGGGAGGGUACGACUAUUCAGGGGACGAGGUCUUCGUCGGUGGCCCCGUUCCUGUGCAGUGGGUUCCGCGAGACCUGCCGCCCGACCCUGGAGAGGGCCGCCUCUUCUCCUGA